AUGCAGAUCAAGGAUGAUCCUUCCUUGAAGUGGUCGGAGAAAAUGAGGGUAGAUCCCAAUAAGCGCAAUAGGAACAAGUAUUGUCGCUUCCAUAGGGAUCAUGGUCAUGAUACAGACGAGUGUUUCGAUUUAAAGCAGCAAAUUGAAAAUCUCAUAAGGCUAGGGAAGUUGAGAAAUUUCCUUGGACGAGACCAUAGGGACGAGAAAAUGAAAGGGAGGAUGGAAGAAUCAUCACGACCACCGCUCGGAGAAAUAAGAGUCAUUAUAGGGGGAAGUUCAACAGGCCAGUCAUCCAAGUCCAAGAAAGCAUACUUGAAGGUAGUGCAGAGCAUCCAGCUUUCUGGACGGUCACCGAGAGCAAGGUCCACGGACGAACCAGCGAUCACCUUCACGGAUGAAGACGCUGCAAGAAUUCAUCACCCCCAUGAUGAUGCUCUCGUCAUCACCUUACUGAUUGCUGACUACACAACUAGAAGAGUGCUUAUGGACAACGGAAGCUCGGCGGACAUUUUGUAUUAUCCAGCUUUUCAGCAAAUGAGGUUAGGAUGA